CAAACAUUCCAGAAAAGUAUGUAUUCAACCUCUCAAACAUCACACUAUCCACAACUCAACUAGAGGUGUUAUCUCUUGGUCCGAAAUUCUGCAAAAAACCACGAAGUGUUCACAAGCUUCAAUGCCUGGUUCAAUUUGAAAACCUGAUUAAUCAAACCUAUGACUUGAUACCAACGUCCGAUGAGAACCUACAACAAUUCAAAUCAACUGUCCUCGACUGUUGCCACAAAUUUAUAAGUGGCAAUCCAAACGGAAGAUCCGUACUAACGAAGAAACACUACAAAGAGCUGAAAGAAUUGAUGAACAAUGAAGAGAUUAUGCUGAUACAUCCUGAUAAAAGUGGAGGAAUCGUAAUCAUGAACCGUAAGGAUUAUAUCAGUAAAAUGUUGACCAUUCUAUCUGAUGAAUCUAAAUUCACCAAACCGGCCAACGAGAAAAACUUGACGGAGCAGAUUGAACAAAAACUAACAGACAUCCUCCGUAAACUAAAGAACGAAUCAUUCAUUACCAACGAAACGUUUGAAUCCCUGAGACCAUCUGGUUCAAAUAUACCAAGACUCUACGGACUUCCUAAAGUACACAAGAUGGGCACUCCACUUCGACCGAUCCUCGACAUGACUAAUUCACCUUACCACCGCACUGCCCAAUGGCUAGCAGACUUACUUGAACCAAUCAGAAAACAAGUCUCCCGUCACUCAGUGCGAGAUUCAUUUGAAUUCGUCAACUGCGUCGAAAACGUCAAUGUUUCUAAUCAAACGAUGAUCUCACUAGAUGUUGUCUCAUUGUUUACAAAUGUUCCACUAACUGAAACAAUUUGUCACAUAUGCGAGCUCAUCCACUCAGAAGGAGUAAACAUCGGCAUACCCACCGACUACCUAAAAGAACUUCUGCUGAGAUGCACCCUAAACGUCCAGUUCUCCUUUAACAAUGAAAUAUAUCGUCAAAAGGACGGCAUAGCUAUGGGCUCACCACUAGGCCCUCUGCUUGCGGAUUUCUUCAUGUCGAAACUCGAAAACACUUGCCUAAAGAAUAUGAUUGACAACAUUGAACUCUACAAGAGAUACGUCGACGACACCUUCAUCAUCUGCAACAACGAAGAUAAUUUAGAAGAUAUCCUGAAGUUCUUCAACAACUGCCACCCUGCGAUUCAGUUCACACUAUAGAAAGAGUCUAACUCAAAGAUAUCUUUUCUUGACGUUCAACUAACGAGACGCCAACAAGACGGUACAUUAAAAAGAUCCAUCUACAGAAAGCCAACGUGGAACGGACAGCUCACUAAGUUCCACAGUUGGGUACCUCUAUAUACUAAACGAAACUUAAUCCGUUCACUAAGCCACAGAAUACGUAGAAUUUGCAGCCUGGAUGCCAUAGAAGACGAAAUGAACACUCUUAAGAAAAUCCUCCUUGAAAAUGGCUAUCCAGAAAGAUUUAUCACAAAAUCAAUGAAACCCAGACCAGAGAAGCCGCCAACACCCAGUGCUCCAAAAAGACUCCUCUACAUGAACCUACAGUUCAAUGGAGACCAAUCUACAGAAAUACUGAGAAAUCGGC